AUGACUCUAAAGCUUUUAUACGAUGAGGUGAUAGAAAGGGUUACAGAGGAAAUCAGAAGUGGGCAUUCCUCUCGUCGACAUGACAGGGCUUUGCCACAUAUCCACAAGGUGGGUACUCCUCCUAAGCAAAAUGUUCUCAAAGAGAUCAAAGAAACUGCAAUGGAAACUUUCUUCGCAGACAAGCCCUUAAGCCACUUUAAGGGCCAACCUGCAUCGAGAAAGUUGGUUCUUGGCCUGCAAGCAGUUUUCCCCAUCCUUCAAUGGGGAAGAGGUUACGAUCUUGGUAAAUUUAAAGGGGAUCUCGUUGCUGGACUUACCAUUGCAAGUCUCUGUAUUCCUCAGGAUAUUGCAUAUGCAAAGCUUGCAAAUUUGAAACCACAGUAUGGACUCUACUCCAGCUUUGUGGCUCCUCUUAUCUAUGCUUUUAUGGGAAGCUCAAGAGAUAUAGCCAUAGGACCAGUGGCUGUGGUAUCCCUUUUGCUCGGAACUAUGCUGACGGAUCAGAUUAGUGACUUUGAAAGUCAUGACUAUCUUCGUCUUGCAUUCACUGCCACCUUUUUCGCUGGAAUCACCCAAAUGGCACUUGGAUUUCUCAGGCUUGGUUUCCUCAUUGACUUCUUGUCUCACGCUGCCAUUGUGGGAUUCAUGGCCGGAGCUGCCAUUACUAUAGCCUUGCAACAGCUUAAAGGAUUGCUUGGCAUAAAAAACUUCACCAAGAAAAGUGACAUAAUUUCUGUCAUGCGCUCAGUUUGGACUAACGUGCACCAUGGGUGGAAUUGGCAGACGAUAGUCAUUGGGUUAGCAUUCUUGGCUUUCCUCCUUACAGCCAAGUACCUGGCUAAAAAGAGUAAGAAAAUGUUUUGGCUAUCUGCACUUGCUCCUUUGGCGUCUGUUAUAGUGUCCACCUUUUUUGUUUAUAUCACCCGUGCUGACAAGGAAGGCGUUGCAAUUGUGACACACAUAGAGAAGGGAGUGAAUCCAAUAUCUGCCGGUGAUAUUUUUUUCAGUGGAAAAUAUCUUGGCCCUGGUAUUCAGAUUGGCGUGAUAGCUGGUUUGAUUGCACUCACAGAAGCUGUGGCAAUUGGGAGAACAUUUGCUGCCAUGAAAGAUUAUUCAGUUGAUGGUAACAGAGAAAUGGUGGCCAUGGGAACAAUGAAUCUUAUUGGUUCACUGACAUCUUGUUAUGUAUCUACAGGAUCUUUUUCACGCUCAGCAGUGAACUACAUGGCUGGCUGUCAAACUGCUGUAUCAAACAUCGUUAUGUCCAUCGUUGUGUUGUUAACCUUAGUGUUCAUUACACCACUGUUUAAGUACACCCCAAAUGCAGUGCUUGCUUCUAUUAUAAUAGUAGCUGUGAUAGGCCUCAUUGACAUUGAUGCAGUCGUUCUGCUAUGGAAGAUUGACAAGUUUGAUUUUCUAGCCUGCAUGGGAGCCUUCUUUGGCGUGAUUUUCAAAAAUGUUGAGAUUGGCCUUCUUAUCGCGGUGGUCAUAUCCUUUGCUAAAAUCCUUUUACAAGUGACAAGGCCGAGGACAGUAGCACUUGGGAAGCUUCCAGGGACCAAGGUAUACAGGAACAUCUAUCAAUACCCAAGUGCUACACAGAUCCCCGGAAUGCUAAUUAUUAGAGUUGACUCUGCAAUCUACUUCUCAAACUCUAAUUAUAUCAAGGACAGAAUUCUGAGAUGGCUGCAAGAUGAAGAUGAAAGCAGGAAAGAAAGUAGUUUUCCCACAAUAGAAUAUCUGAUUGUUGAAAUGUCACCUGUUACUGACAUUGACACUAGUGGCAUCCACGCCUUCGAAGAUCUAUACAAGAGCCUACAAAAGAGAGGGGUCCAGCUCAUCUUGUCAAAUCCCGGGCCAAUUGUAACGGAGAAGCUCUAUGCAUCCAAGUUAAUGGACAUGAUUGGGGAAGACAAGAUAUUUCUAUCAGUAGGUGAUGCUGUUGCAACUUAUGGUUCAAAGGCUGAUCAAGUUUGAUAAGUUGAUAAUUGUCCAUAUAAGAACCAGUUCAUAAGUUGUGAACUGGUGGUUGUGAUGAGCUGUACGUAGGCCAUGUGUCCAGGUUACUGGGCCAAUAAUAGUCCGGGCCAUUAUUUUCCUACUUGGCAUGCUUCAGAUUCUUCUAAUUGUGUUGUUAUAUUAUCGGCUAGGCUUGUCUCCCUUUCACUUUCCAAUGGUUGAUUCAAGGAGGUUAAAGGAAGAUCAUGAUUCAAGGUCAUGUGUAAAUAUGUUCUGUUCAAGUGGCAAAUAUGGGAUGAGCUUUGAUGCAACUAAAAAAAAAAAAAAAUCAGAAGAAAGGUUUGGGAAGUUGUUUUCAUUUUCUUGGGCUUUUCUCCCUUCGAGAUUCACUGUCUGAUUUAAUAAAUUAUUAAUUUAUGUCA